UGACUAGUUUUUUCCGCUAAGCCUUCGACUGCGCACGCAAUUAUAGUUACACCAAUACUCAAAGUACAUACAUUAUAAUCUAUUUCGAAAAUUACGAAUAAAUUACGGCUAUUAUAGUGAAAUAAUACUUUGCUUUGUAUUACAUUGACAAGUCGAAUUGAAAAGAUGGGAAUGGGGAAUUUUCCUGUUAUUUUCAUCGUUUUUCUUCUACCGCAUGUGUAUUCAGCUCCACAGUUGAUCAGCUUUAAUGACGGAAAACUGGGUGUGAACUUCGCAGGUUACCAUGCAGCAGUUGGUCUUGGCGGUUUAUUAGGAAAUGGUGCUACUGGCGGUCUUUAUGCUGAAGCUGGCACUCCUCAUGGUCAGUCAGCAAAGGCAGGGUUAGGAGGUGCUGUAGAUGCUAACGGUGGAACAUCAGGCGGUCUUUACGCUGGAGCUACAGCCGGAGGAAAUGUAAAGGCGGGCGCAGGUUUGGCGGGCGGUGUUAACGGAGGCACAUCGGCCGGUACAGGCUUUGCCACGGCACAAGCAGGCAACCGUUAUUCCUCAUCCACUCUGUUCCAGGCUGGCGGAAACACUCAGCUUUCUUCUAAUGGACAAAACGAUAAUAAUGUACUACCGACCAAAAACAUCGCUACAAAUGAAUUGAUACCACCAGUUGGUUCUUAUAAGUUAAAAAUUAAAAGCUCCGGUGUGAUAAACGACAACGGUAAUCAAGAUAUCAAUGGUUUGGUUGGCGAUUCAAUUGACAGCAAAAUUGAUUCACCACAAUUAAUACAAAAACGAAUUGACAUCGGAAGUGAGAGUAGAAACAAAGACUCUACCCCAUCUGUCCAUUCAGUUGAUCAGAUUACGUACAGAAAGGAAGUUAACCUGCAAAGAAAUCCAUCAUUCUUUGAGGACAUUUUUAAUAUUCCUAUUGCAGCACUUACAGCUGUAAGAACCUUUCUGACAAAUACAGCUGGUAACACUAGUAUAUCUCUGCAAAAAUCAGGCUCUGUGCAAGCAGAAACAGAUUUAAUAUCACCAAAACAUGCAUCAUUAUCAUCAUCAUCAUCAGUCAAAUCAUCCGAUACGCAAAUCUCGGUAAAGACUCCGAAUGCGUCUCAGUUGCUCGAAGACAUAAUAGCGAUACCCAUUAAUACACUUGGAGCGGUAAAUAAAUUCUUAGAAAACAAUGUUCCUGCGAGAAGAAGGGUAACUAUACAAAAUGGGGACGUACCACAAGUUAUUAGAUAUCCAGGCCGUCACGCAAGACGACGGGCUUUUAAGAAGGAAAUCAUCGCUUCUCAAGAACAAAACAACGACAAUUUGGAUAAAAUAGAGGCAACUAACUAAAUAAACUAAAACUUUUGAGUACAAAUACAAAAAGUAUAGUUAAAAAACUGUGGUUUAUU